GGCAUCUCUGGCAUAUUCGGAGAAUAAUGAAACGGAGAGAUCCUGCUGUUCUGGUUCCUCUCCAACAACCUGUCUGCGCGUGACGCAGGGGGAGGAGGAGGGGGCAGUCUACUUAAAGCGGGAUUAGCACGAGCCAAACAUUAUACUCCCCUCCGUUUAGGCUCAGAGCGACCUGUCGUCCUGCUGGCGAGACAGAAAACAGGGGGACUUUAGAUUAAUCGGGACCUAGGACGAGCGCGCACUCCGGAGCGACAAGGUGGACAGCAGCGACUAAUCAAUGCAUUCGCCCGAUACUACACUCGCCUUCGGAGCGGAACAGUAGCUCGCAUUUGAUUUCACACGGUCCACUGUGUUACAUCGGCUCCGAAUGAACAGCCAUGGGGGAAUGGACCAUUCUCGAGCGUCUCCUGGAGGCGGCUGUCCAGCAGCAUUCUACUAUGAUCGGGAGUUAUUACAGCACAUUUUGGACAACAAAGAUUUUGUGCCAUCGGAUCCUACUGACAGUGGUGGUGAUCUUCCGGAUUCUAAUCGUUGCAAUUGUAGGAGAGACCGUGUAUGAUGAUGAGCAGUCAAUGUUCGUAUGUAACACUUUACAGCCGGGCUGUAACCAAGCUUGCUAUGACAAAGCGUUCCCUAUAUCUCACAUCAGAUACUGGGUGUUCCAGAUCAUCAUGGUUUGCACACCCAGUCUUUGCUUCAUCACAUACUCUGUGCAUCAGUCUGCCAAACAGAAGGAGCGGAGAUAUUCCAUGGUCUACCUGUCCCUCGACAAAGAUCCUGAUUCAAUGAAACGAGACGACAGCAAAAGGUUCAGGAGCACCAUUGUGAACGGAGUACUUCAGAACACGGAAAACUCCACCAAAGAAUCUGAGCCCGACUGUUUGGAAGUGAAAGAGAUCCCCAGUUCAGCCAUGAGAACUGCCAAAUCUAAAAUGAGAAGGCAAGAGGGCAUCUCAAGGUUUUACAUCAUUCAGGUGGUUUUCAGGAACGCGCUGGAGAUCGGCUUCUUGGUGGGGCAGUACUUCCUGUACGGAUUCAACGUUCCCGCCGUGUAUGAGUGCGAUCGCUACCCUUGCAUCAAAGACGUCGAAUGCUACGUUUCGAGACCCACUGAGAAAACUGUGUUCCUCGUCUUCAUGUUUGCGGUCAGUGGGAUUUGCGUGGUGCUCAACCUUGCAGAACUCAAUCAUCUGGGCUGGAGGAAAAUUAAAACGGCGGUGAGGGGGGUUCAGGCCAGGAGAAAGUCCAUAUACGAGAUCAGAAACAAGGACUUACCGCGGAUGAGCAUGCCGAAUUUCGGCCGCACCCAGUCGAGUGACUCAGCCUAUGUCUAAUGUUCCUUCAUGUGGUUCAUCAAAGCAGAGGUGCUCAAUCCUGGUCCAGGAAGACCUCAGGUUGCACAUUUUAGAUGAAUCACCCAUUUUAAGUCUUGGAGCCUCUAUUCUAAAUGAAUAGUUCACUCAAAAAUGACAAUUCUGCCAUCAUUUACUCAACCUGUGUCGA